AUGGAAGAAGGCUCCCAGGCCGCAGACUGGGACAGCGACGAAACGGUGGUAGAGGGGUCCGUGACGGAGAGCGACCCUGAGGAAGAGGCGCUGCCCUGGAGAAGGUUGCUUUUUAAUCAAGACACGUCUCUUAGAUCUGAGUUCAGUCUCCAUCCCAGUAAAGGUGCAUCUUCUCCAGAGAUUCAGGUUAGAUUCAGAUUCAGAGAGGAUCCACAGGAGCAAAUGAGUAUAAAUCAAACGAUGCUUAUUCUUAUUGAGGAUACAGUCUUACAGCAACCUCAGAAUGAAAUGGAACAAAAUGGAGCUUUGUUACAAAAAAGUCAUCCAGUGUUCACGGUAUCAUUUCCCCAGGCUGAACUUUCACUGAACCACCGAAGUAGUCUAGGACCUGAGGCUGAAAAUCCUGAAGUGUUAACACACCCAGAAAAGGAACUUAGUAGAGACAGAGACUCUCCUGAAAUAAGCCUUCUCUCAAAUACUUCUAUUAAAGAAUUUGAUAUGUUUCCUAUAAAGGAGAAGUCAUUAAUAGAGCCAGAGAAGGAGCCUUGUGAGGAAGGCGCAUUGACCAUGACUUCGGAAGAAAACAAAGAUGAAGAAAGCUCUCUUGAAACUUUUGUGUCUGCCUUAGAAAGGAUACUCACAUCACCAGAAAUCAGCCAGGAGGAAAGACUGCUUAGAACAAUGAAUGAUUUUGAACCUAGAGAGCUGGUGAACCCAUUGAGCAACUCUUCAGGCUCCAUAUCAAUACCUUUGACAUGUCACAGAGAUUUUCUAGAAGACCCAAAGGAUGAUGCAUUGCCAGUUGAGGUAUCAACAGCCUUAGGCACAUUGUCAGAGGCCAAGGUGGAAGCCAUCUGUCACAGGAAAGAGGGAGGCAUCAGGCUCAGUGCUGGAAAUGAAUGUUCCGGAGCGGAGCCCAGUAUGUCUCAGACUGAUGAAGACUGUACACAGAUAGCAGAGAGUCUAGAAGACCCAAAUCCAUUUGAAUUGCAAAUUUUGGUUCAUCAACAUGUCACUUCUUGUGAUCCAGUAAAUAAUAAGAGAAACUCAUAUCUGGAAAAUAACUCUGACCAGGACCCUCCACAUGUGUUAAGGAGAUCGUCCAGACUAAAAGUAGUCAGAGAGGUAAAGCCCACAGAUGACAUGUAUAAGAUGCCAGAGAAAAUUUUACCCAAAAUUCUUGGCUGUGAGGAUCAAACAAAUAAUAGCUCUUCAACUGAGAAUUUCAGAAUGCAGAAUCCUGCUUUAAAGAUUCAAGGUAAAGGGAAGAUUGUUCCUACAUCCAGGCUCAAGAAUGGAGAACAGAUCAAGAAAAACAGAAAACCUGCAGGGAAGCCUGAAAAAAUGAAGAUGAAUAAAGUAACUCGUGCUAACAUUAACCGGAGAAACAUUUUUGGAGAGAACUUACUGUAUAAAGCUGCUGUGCACAAUGAUACUGGUCUUGUUCAUCAUUAUAUCAAAAAAGGUGGAAAUGUUAAUCAGCCAAGUUAUGCCGGUUGGACAGCACUUCAUGAAGCCAGUUUAGGAGGGUUUUAUCAGACAGUAAGUGAACUGUUAAAAGGUGGAGCAGAUGUGAAUAUCAGCGGAAUGUACCAGAUCACUCCCCUACAUGAUGCUGUGAUUAAUGGGCAUUAUCAGGUGGCAGAGUUACUUCUUUUGAAUGGAGCCGAUCCUUUAUUUAGAAAUGACAAUGGAAAGUGUGCUUUAGAUGAAGCCAAAGACUCACGUAUGAUGCGUCUCCUUGAGAGAUUUGUUCCUAAACAUCAAAACCAUCUUACAUCAGCUCAGAAGAAUAGCCUUGACCCUUCAGAUGGAGAGGAGGCACACCAGCACAAGAAACCAAAAUUCAGUUCUAAAAAUCACAGUGGGUUUGUUUGUGAUGAAAAUUCCAACAGACAGAAGCCAGAACAUGUAGAAGUCAAUAAAGGAAGCAGAAAGAGUUUAUUUAUAAAUACAGAUAUAUAUGAACAUUAUCAAAAAGACUCCCCAAACAUGAGAAUUGGUAAAUCCAAGCAGAAACAAUCAAUUCUCAACCAGAUACACUCUACAGGAUUCAGAAAGGACAAUCUCCAUAGUGCUGAGGAUCCCAGCACAAGUGUGUCUAAAGAUAAAGGAAGAAGAUAUAUGCAACAUAAAAGGACUCAAGUGGAUGAUACAAGCCAAGAAAGCAGUCCAAGAAAGACAGUGGCUGUCUCUUCUUCUAGAAGGAGAAGCAGAUCAGUUACUCGUCAGGAACAAGCUCUCCAAAUCCUUGAUGACCUUCCAGAAAAGUCGUGUAAACCUUUCAGCCAAGCUCUAUCAGGCCUGAAAAAUGGUUUGUGUAAUGAUGUUGAAACUUGUUCAAUUCCCAGAGAGACACAUACUCAAAGCCUGGAUUUAUCAGACAGUCAAGAAAUAAAAUGUAUGGAAGUAGAAUCCACUGACCAAGCUGGAGCUGUUUCUCUCUUAGGACUUUCUCUACAUGAAAAAGCCAAGUUACUACCUGUUACUGCAGAUCAGCAGCCUCAUACUCUCCAAGACCAGGAGCACAUUAGCCCUUAUAAAUCUCAUGAAAACAGUAACUCAAGUCAAAAAGAUGAGAGCCUCAAGUGGGAAAAAAUUUCCCCACCCUUUAUACAGGAAAACUUUGAUAAUGAUGAUCAUGGUGAUUCCUGUGCCUCUGAGGAGACUGUCAUAUCUAAAAAGGUGAUAAGUUCUUCAGGUGGCAAAAACCAUGAUAAUUAUAAAGAGAAUAAAACAAAUAGAGAAGAAAUGGAUUUUCAACAAUUUUUACCUUCUCAAGACCAUUUUCCACAGGAAAAUGAGUUAAAAGCAGACAGUCUAACCAUACUUCCACAACAGGAAGCUGUUUGUUUUUCUAAUUCAGAUAAUAUAAUAGUUUCUGAACAUGUUCCAGAUUAUGAGCAAUGUUUAUGUGGAACUUCUUUUGAUCACUCACAUGGCAGUCCUGAACAUACUCCUCUGGCUUGUAUAGGAACACUCUCGACACAGGAAGCUUCAGAGUUGACCAGCCAUGAGAAGCUGAUCAAGAAUCCUCAGGAUUAUAGCCCCAGCACACUAACUCCUUUAAUGAAUCAAACAGAUAGACAUAUUGUGGAAAAGGUGAAUAAGGAAGGAGACACCAAAAGGAAUUAUACCGACACAGGCCGAAAAACAAGUCCUUCAAAUAGGCCUUCAUCCAGAGGUGUUCCUUCUCAAGUAAUGGAAACAACUAAGGUUGAAAAAAGGAGACAAGAGAGCAAAGCCAUACAAAAUACAGGUUUUCAUUCUGCUGACAAUGAAGAAUUGACCAACAUCUCACAACUUAGUCAAAGAGAAGAGAGGGAGAUUUCUCACAAACCAGGUGAGGAAUUUGUCAAUGGAGAUGAAAACGGUAUAAGAAAUUGUAAAGACAAAAAAGAAAAACUAGAUUCAGAAAUUCAUAUGCCUACUAAUAUCCAAUCACACAAAAAAAUUCAGAAUUUCAGAAAAAGAAAAACUGUCUCCAAAGCUACCUGCAGGCAAGGUUUGAAGACAUCUGGGAUAGAUGAGAGGAAUGCCACAGGGGAAAGCCAGCUUCAUCUGGCUGCCAGAAGAGGACAUUUGUCUCUGGUGAAAGCUCUAAUAGAAUCUGGAGCAGACGUGAAUCUAAAAGAUAAUGCAGGUUGGACACCACUUCAUAAGGCAGCUGGUAACGAAUGGAGUGAUGUAGAGUUGUUAAAAGCUAGUGCUAAUGUUAAUUGUGAAAAUGUAGGUGGAAUUCUACCCUUACAUGAUGCUGUUGCAAACAACCAUUUAAAGGCUGCUGAGAUGCUACUACAACAUGGAGCAAACCCUAAUGAAAAGGAUGAAAAGCAGAAGACUGCUUUGGAUGAAGCAGAUGAUGAAAACAUGAAAGAGCUGCUGAAAUCUUAUGGCGCCGUUGAGACUGACAGUAGAGAUGAGAGUGAUGCUGUAGUCACUGUAAAAACUCCUGACGUCCGGGCAAGAAGACGUAAACGGUGCAUUUGUGAUGAUUCCAAAACUGUUGAUACACCUUCUAUCUCACACCAAGAAAAAACAGAAGAAAACCUUUCCAUGCAUCAGACCAUCAGCGCCAUUCUACAAGACAUAGAAGAAAAACAAGAAAAUUUAUUAGAGUUUGAGAUAAGAACCCCUGAAGAUGCAGAACAAUACGCUGGUAAGAUGUUAGAGAUAAAGGAAGUUAUGGACAACGUGCUUGCUAAACAGAAGGCAGAAAGGGAUGAUCUAGCUAAAAAAUACAGGGUGUCCAUAGAGUCAUUUAAGCAUGGCGUCCUGAGGGAGCAACUGGCUAACUUGGCGGCAAGGCAGAAGAGCCUCCUACUCGUAGCAAAAAAACAGAAAAAAAUAAGCCAGAAAUUUCACACCUAUAAGAAUGCUACAUCUUUGUCUGGUCUUAGUUUUAGGAAGCUGCCAUCAAGCUCAGAAACCUCUAAUGAAAAGGACAGGCAAGAGUGUAUCAGUAUGGAAAAUUCCAUGCAGCCCCAGUCAGGUUCACUUUCUCCUGUCAGCCUUGUGUGCAAAGGCAUGCAGGAAACACAGUUGUCUCAGGAAGUCUGGCACGACAACCAAAGUACCCACACUUGUCUAAAUUCAAAGACAGUGAGAAGGGAAGAAUUUUCUGGAAGUGAAUUGAAUUCUAAACAAAGUAUCAGUGACUGUACCUUAGAUAGAUUAUCACAAUCCGGACAUUCAGAUGGCACUAAUCAGAUUAAAUUACAAUCCCAAUCUGUUACUUUUAUUGCUGAAGCAGAGUAUUCACAAAAAGAGAAUGAUCUUACAGGUAGUACAGCUGAGGGGCACGUGUCCUUUAGUCCUUCAGCAGUAACUGGCACAUUAAAGAUUUCAGCAACCACGAGUGUGUCUGCCCACCAUGAUGCCCAUCUAUCAAGUGUUAUUUGUGAUCAGGGUCCUUCUGAUUGUGAUCCAAAAGAAGGAAACAGGAAAACAGCUCCCCACCAAGCACCUGGGGGAACAUCAGAAUCCCUGGCACAGCAAGGGGUUGAUGUCUUUGGCAGUGACAUGGGGCAACAGCUGAAACCUCACUUGAAAAAAUCAGCUCUCACUGUUCCUCAUGCAAAUGAUACUCAGAGCUCCUCCUCCUCUGCGUCUGGCUACCAACAUACUGUGAAAAAACCUUCAAACUGCAACACAACUGCCAAAAAGAAAUGUAUGCAGAUAAAGGAUCUGAUAUUGCUAGGAAGACUUAAUCCAGGAAAUAACAUUCUGGAAUUCAAAACACAGGAGGCUACCCACAAAGCCAGUGUUUUAUUGAGUGGCAAAAUUAAGGUAGAAAAUGGUCAGAUUUAUCAAAACCCAGUCACCUGGCUCAAGGAUAUUCUAGGAGGUGACAGUUACGUGACCUGGAAUUAUGCUUGGAGUAAGAUAACAUACCAGGGAAAGGAACUUUUAAAGUAUGUUUCUGAGGAAUUACCCAUGCCUCCAGACCCAAACUUGGUACCUCAACAGCAUCAACGUUGUCUUCCAGGUAUGUGCAGACCAAAACCUAUUUCUUAGCCUAACAAAUAGCUGUGGAAAGAAGAUAAGACUGGAAAAGGAACUUCCAAAGAAUCAAUGCAAAGCAUCCCACAUUAUCUUCAAAUAAAAGAAAUACUGUUAAGCAGCGAUCAAGAAUUCCUCCCAUGCCAUAUAAUGGAUGAGCAUUGGAAGUUCUAUGCGGAAUGUGAGGAGCUAACAUUCUAA